AUGAGCAAUGACGUCAAAUUACUAUUGCUGGGUGCUGGCGAAUCGGGCAAAUCGACGCUACUGAAACAGAUGAGGAUAAUUCAUGGCGGUAGAUUCCAGAAGGACGAGAAGCUAUCCUAUCGAGAAAUCAUAUACAGCAAUGUCAUUGAAUCCAUGAAAUCCAUCUUGAGCGCAAUGCAGAAAUUUAACAUUCCACUUGUACGACCAGAAGAGGAAUACAAAGUGGCAUUUGACCUCAUCAACGAUUUACCAGAGCAAAUGGAAUGCGGAUACAAUCUGCCAUCAGAAAUUGUAUUAGCCAUGAAACUGCUGUGGGAGGACGAUAGUGUCUUGCAAGCGUACAACAGGCGAAACGAGUACCAGUUGCAUGACUCUGCAGCAUAUUACUUUGAUGCCAUCGAUCGUAUAUCUGAAUCAGAUUAUAUGCCAAGCGAUCAAGAUGUGCUGAGAACGCGGGUAAAGACGAUUGGUAUUACAGAGACAAGGCUGGACGUGGGUCCGUUGACGUAUCGCAUGGUGGAUGUAGGCGGGCAAAGAUCAGAACGCAAGAAAUGGAUUCAUUGUUUUGAAGAUGUUACUGCCAUCAUCUUUAUGGUGGCUAUUUCAGAGUAUGAUCAGGUGCUAUUUGAAGAUGAGUCUGUAAAUAGAAUGACCGAAUCAUUGACACUGUUCCAAUCCAUCUGCAAUAUGGAAUGGUUCCGUAAAACGUCCAUCAUUUUGUUUAUGAACAAGACGGACAUAUUCAAGAAGAAACUGAAAUCAAGCCCAUUGAAGCUGUAUUUUCCCAAAUACAAAGGCGGCAGUGAUUAUGACAGUGCUUCUCGUUUCCUGAUGGAGCAAUUCCAGAAUUUGACAGCUAAAAACUCGGAUAAACGAGUGUAUACACAUUUUACUUGUGCGACGGAUACCAAGCAGAUCACGUUUGUCAUGUCGGCAGUGAACGAUAUCAUAUUGCAAUCCACAUUAAGAGAUGUAGGGCUGCUGUAA